AUGUGCAUAUGCAUUUUGGAAGUCACGCGAUUCUACGUUCCAACUUCUCGCCAGCUUAAACGACUUGAAAGCACCCAUCGAUCACCGAUUUAUUCGCAGUUCGGAGAAUCCAUUCAGGGUGUUGCUUCUAUACGAGCGUUUGGCAAGGUGGAAGAAUUUCGAGCAGCUUCUGGUGCCAUUGUCGACGCAUUCAUCAGAUGCAAAUAUUCCAACUACGUAUCAAAUCGCUGGCUAUCAAUACGUUUGGAAUUUAUAGGUAAUUUGGUGAUAUUCUUUGCUGCUCUAUUUGCCGUCAUUUCCAAAGAGCUUGGAUGGGUGACCAGUCCUGGUAUAAUUGGUGUAUCAAUAUCAUAUGCUCUAAAUGUAACCGAAGUUCUCAACUUCGCUAUACGUCAAAUAAGUGAAAUUGAAGCAAACAUUGUUGCCAUAGAAAGGAUUGAUGAGUACACGAAUACACCAACUGAAGCAGCCUGGGAAAUUCCAGAGGCGAAACCGUUACCCGGCUGGCCAUUUUUGGGCGGUGUGAAUUUCGUCGACUAUUCAACGAGGUAUCGCGAAGGACUCGAUCUUGUUCUGAGAGGGAUUUCAGCUGAUGUAAAUGAAGGAGAGAAAAUAGGAAUUGUUGGUCGCACUGGAGCAGGGAAAAGCUCUUUCGCUUUGGCCCUCUUCCGCUUGAUUGAACCUGUUUCUGGCAAAAUCGUGAUUGAUGGUGUUGACAUAUCGAAAAUUGGUCUCCACGACUUACGCAGCAAUCUUACAAUAAUACCUCAAGAUCCUGUGCUGUUCUCGGGAACUCUUCGAUUCAAUUUGGAUCCCUUCCAUCGAAACUCUGACGCCGAAAUAUGGAAGGCUUUAGAACUGGCUCAUUUGAAGGUUUUUAUCUCUAGUUUACAAGGAGGGCUCGACUACUUGAUUAGUGAAGGUGGAGAGAAUAUCAGGUAUCCCUGUCUGCUCAAUGUUUCGUAG